CUCACCUACAUCUCCCCCUCGACACGCUGCACUCUUCGACUCUGCUCACCCAAUCACUUCCAUCAUGGGCGCAGCAGACGGCAACAAGCGCAGGGUGUCAUACGUGAUCCCAGCGCCAGACACGGCAAGCCCCGUCCUCGAGCUGCCACCAUUCGGCACCGGCGCCGAGGCCACACGAUCCUACCCCCUCCUCACGCCGAAGCGGACCAACGGGCGCACGUCGGCCACGACGACCCAGUUCGCCAGCCGUAACCCGUUCGCGCCGCCCCCGCCGCUGCCGCUCAAGGCCGCUGCACGCACGCACCCGCGGCACCGGCUCGGCAUCACGUCGCUCGCGCUCGACACUUCGACCGUCCUCUCGGGCAACUCGGCGCCAGGCGGCAUCCUGUACACGGGCGGCCGGGACGGCCUCGUCGCGGCAUGGGACUUGAACAUCUCGCAGCAGAAGCGGAGGGGGAGGCGCUACCGCCCCGUUGCGGGCCGCGGGACGGGCCAGCGCGUGCGAUGGGAGCGGAUCGGCGACGGCGGAGACUGGGACGAUGACGACGAUGACGCGGCAGGCGAGGCGGAUGACACGAGCUCGGACGACGACGAUACCGGCGCGCCGCUCGAGACUAAUGGCAGUGGAGGGCGGAAGAAGCUCGCGUACGAGGACCGGUGGGAGGUUGACCGCGAGGUCAUCGCACGACAGCCACCUGCACCGACAACCUUCCGCGAGUCGGUCCAGACACACACCGACUGGGUCAACGCCAUGGUGUUGUGCAACAUGAACCAGACGGUCAUCACGGCAUCUUCGGACCGAACUAUCCGGGCGUGGUCCCCGCACGCCGAGGACGACGAGCUCACGGUGCCGGCGCUGAUAGGACACCACACCGACUAUGUGCGGUCGCUUGCGUUUGCCAAGCACCCCGGCGUGCUGUUCUCGGGCUCGCUGGACCGCGACAUCUCGGUGUGGGACAUCAACUCGCCACGGCCGAAUGAGCCGGUGCUCAAGGUCCGCCUGAGCGACAUUGACGAGUCGGGCGGUGUCGGCCUUGAGGGCGAGUGGGGGAGCAUCUACGCGCUCGGCGUCGACCCAGCUGGCACGACCCUCGCGGCUGGCACGCCCGAGCGCGUCGUCCGUUUGUGGGACCCGCGUGCGGGCGACCGCAGCGUGACCAAGCUUGUUGGACACACCGAGUGUGUGAGGAGCAUCCUCUUGAGCGAGGACGGACGGUACAUGCUCACGGGUUCGAGCGACACGACUAUCAAGCUCUGGAGCGUCGGCGAGCACCGCUGCCUGCACACGUUCAACCACCACACGUCGUCGGUCUGGUCGUUGUUCUCGAACCACCCCAACCUCGAGCGCUUCUACUCGGGCUCGCGCGACGGCCACCUCACCGUCGUCGAUGUCGAGCAGGUCGGAGACAUGUCCGAGGGCGAGUGUAUCUCGCUCGCACGCGAGGGCGACGUCAGCAAGCCUGGCAAUUACGAGAGCAAGACGGGCGACGACGCGAUCCGGUCCAUCACGGCCAUGGACGACGAGUUUGUGUGGACUGCCACCUCGAGCUCGGACGUGCACCGCUGGCGCGAUGUCGGGCGCCGCGUCAACCGCCUCGACCUCGACGGCUCGUCGUACGGCAACCGGUACCACGAUGCCGAGGGGGACGCGCAGGCGCCGGCACUGAGCCUCGGCGCCGCGUUUGAGCCUCUGUCGAUCAUCGACGGACCGUUGCGCAACAAGCGCCUGUCGCUUGACGGACGGGACGACGAGUCGCUCCACCGCGUCGAGUCGCGCGACUCGCGCACCAUUGCGUUCGCGCCGAGCCCCGUGCCCCGCGUAGUGAGCGGCAGCAGCCCCGUCCUGAGCCCAACGGGGCCAGGAUCACCGCCACACUCACCCUCGGCGUCAGCCCUGCCACCAAGCGUACGCGAACGCCUCAACCCCAGCAUUCGCCGGUCAGCGCUCUCCUCGUCGUCGAUUGCCAACUCGGUUGCGUCUGAGACUGGCGACGACCUGGACCAGAUCCCGCUCCUCAACGGUAUCCCGUACGAGUCGCUGGUGUGUCUCGGCCUUCCCGACUCGCCCUACUCGUUUGGCUUCUCCAACGCGGGGCACUCGACCGCGUCGCUGUCGUCGGCCAUGCGCGUGCGCACGGCUGGCGAGGAGUCUCCCGAAGCGGCCACAAACGCGCAGGCCGAGCGCGAGCGCGUGGUGCCACAACGCGUCGCUGCACGCCGCGCAUUCGAGGACCGCGACGUUGCGUCCGAGGCGAAGCCGCUGCAGGUUGAGCCCGAUGCCACCAUCGAAGGCUCUCCAGGUCUCAUCCGCUCGCUCAUCCUCAACGACCGCAUGCACGCGCUCACGCUCGACACCAAGGGCGAGGUUGCCGUCUGGCAUCUCGUCCGCGGCGAGUGCGUCGGCCGGUUCGAAAUCCCCGACAUCCACGAGGCGCUCACCCUGGAGCGUGGGUGCACCGACCCGACGGACGAGAUCAAGCUACACCCUCAGGAGGUGCUCGAGCUCGUGCAGCGCCGCCUUGAGGGCAAGAAUAGCGUGCUCCCCUGGUGCCAGGUCGACACCAAGGUCGGCCAGAUUACCGUCCACCUCGAGGGAGACCGAGUCUUUGCUGCCGAAAUCCUCGCAGAGGAGAUUGGCCUCGACGAGCGCGAGCUGCCAGACGACGCGCGUGCCAUCAACAUUGGCAAGGUCGCGCUCGCCAACCUGUUCCGCGGACUGAUCAAGGCCGAAGAGUACGAGGUCACGUCGCAGUCGGCCAUUGGCAACUCGCCCACGUCCAUCACGUCGUCGCUCCCGAGCGUGAGCCGCAGCCCGCAGACCUCGACGAGCAUUGCCAUCGAUCGGCCCCUCACAUCCCCUCGACACCGUCAGCGUGCGCUGUCCUCGUCAUCGGGCAUUGGCAUCACGCCGUCAAUCAACAUUGCCGGCCUCGCUACUCGCGCGCAGACAAGGGCAAUCGUCCCCGAUGGAGUGUCGCCGUUCGGCCAGAGCGCGCCGACGUCGCACGAGUGGCUGUCGCUGCCCGGCUCGAACAAGUUUGCGCCGUCACCCGCUGGAGGCGGUGCGACACCUGGAUCUCUCAAGAGCAUGGGCUCGCCCCUCGACACGUCUGCAUCGCGCGACUACUUCUCCAUGCGUCGCAAGGCUGAGCCGUCGCCCUCUCGGGGAGGCAACGAGGACAAGACGCCGACAGCUAGCGUCCCUGCCACACCGAUUCCCAGCGGCGGCUCGUCAAUCCUGGGCAAGAAGUUCAAGGGCUUUGGCAAGAAGAAGGCGACCGAGAGUCCCAUGACGACGGUACCAGAGUCGCGGCGCGAGGAGCCGGUCCCGGCCAAGGAGACGGGCCCAGAGCUGUCGGAGCGUGACAAGGCGCAGCUCGGCUUCCUCGACUCGCUGCGCUCGCGUCCCUUCCGCCCGCCCACUAGCUUUGACAGCCCGACCGUCCCGAUCCCGGCGUCGACCGCCGUCAUCAUCUCGGAGCAGUCCCAGGCCGACGGGGCCUACAUCGUGACGUACAGAAGCCAGGUGUCAUCGACCGAGCGCGACAUUGAGCCGCUCGAGAUGAACUCCCCGUACUGGCUCCUGACGUACCUGUUCACCAACGUGACGCCAGAGGAGCGCCGCCCGCCAAAGAUCCCGCUCAUCCUUCUUCCUGUCGGGCAGGCAGUGGGCUCGAGCCAGGCGAUCAAGGUGCAGGCCUCGCGCACUGCUCGUGUCCGCGGCGUCAUGGAGCACCUGCAGAAUGUGCUCCCAGCGGCCGGCGGCCGCGACCGCGCGUUGUCGGACGCGAGCGCGAUGAGCGGCGUACCCGCUGCGCCGCGCCCAGCGCCAGAGGACGUGAUUGAGCUCUUGUGCGGCCAGCACGUCGCCGACCCCAACAUGAAGGUCGGCACGCUCAAGCACUACUACUGGCGCGGGGGUGUCGACAUGGUGCUGCAUUAUCGUGUCAAGUAGGCGUGCAUGGGGUGGGUGCUGUUGCUGCUGCACCAGUUGUAGGGGAACAUGUCAUUGUAUGGG